AUGUCGUAUGCAAAUCAACAGAAUCCCAACCCGAGUCAACAGAAGCGGAAUCUCCAACCCACUGCGUCGACCUCGAACACUUACUCGGCGACGCCUUCACAACUCACUCUUCCUUCCGACCUGCCUUCUUCAGCUUUAGGCAAUCCGUAUCAGCAGGGCUACAACUACGCGCCGGCGCAUCAGGACCAGUCGACGUUCGCGUUCCCACAGCAUCCAUCUUAUCGCCCGCCCGGGAUACAUACGCAGAAUCUGUCCCAACAACAGUUCCAACAGCCACCAGCACAGUCACCUAGCAAUUCGCGUAAGCGGCGGAUUUCUGAACUCGAGCAGCCUGGUUCAUCGAGCAGCAACGCCAGUGCUUACGCGCAUCCAUCAGGUCUUUCCGCGAGUACAGACACAGACAUCGGUCUUUCACUUCAGCAGAAUCAACUAUCAAGUCCCGUGGUCAAGAAGGGGAGGACAAACACGCCAUGGACGCCUGCAGAAGAGCAGAGGCUGAAGCAGUUGCGCGAUCAAGGCUCAAGUUGGAGUGAGAUUGCAAAGCAGUUUCCCACGCGAACGGAAGGCAGUGUGAAGAAGCAUUGGUAUAAAGACAUGCACUACGCCGAGUUCGGGGACGACGAGGUCAGCAACUUCGUUCGCCUCACUGCGGGAACCGUUCACAUUACGACACUGACUGACAAUCUGCAGAGCGCGGCGCUGUUGCAGGCCAUCAAAGACUACGACAACAACAAGUGGAAAGUCAUUGGGCACAAAGUGGGGAAGCCGGCGAAGGCGUGUGAGCAGUUUGCUAAGGACCAGGGCUGGAAGGUGUAG